AUGGAAUACUUCUCCAGAUGCCUUGAUGAGCUUAGGUUGUCUCCUGACUUUAACUUUCACCCUAGAUGUGAAAAGUUAAACCUAACUCACAUGAUGUUUGCUGAUGACUUAUUGAUGUUUUCUCGAGCUGAUAGUGUUUCUGUUAAGCUUCUCUUCCAAGCCUUCUCGAAAUUCUCGGGUGCCUCUGGGCUUUCUGCUAAUCUUGAUAAAAGUGAAGUCUACUUUGGAGGAGUCUCUGUUGAUGUUCAGAAUGAGUUGAGGGAGCUUCUGGGUGUUUCUCAAGGCUCCAUUCCUUUUAGGUAUCUUGGGGUCCCUCUCUCUUCAAAGAAGCUUACUAUUGCUCAAUGUAGGCCUUUGGUGGAUAGAGUCACUACUAGAAUUCAAGGAUGGAUGGCUAAACACUUGUCCUAUGCUGGGAGGCUUCAAUUGGUGAAGAGUGUGUUGUUUGCUAAGAAGUCUUUGGUUGCUUGGAAUAAUGUCUGUCUUCCUAAAGUUUGCGGUGGCUGGAACCUGCUUUCUCUUCCUGAGUGGAAUAAAGCAGCUGUCAUUAAGUUACUUUGGGAUAUUGCUCACAAGGAUGAUAAUCUUUGGGUUAAGUGGGUUCAUAUCUACUAUUUCAAGCAUAAAGAUUGUUGGACCACUCCUACCCCUGCUAGAUGCUCCUGGUUUUUGAAGAAGAUUUUGAGUUGUAGAGAUAUUGUGAAUGAUCAAGGGGGAUGGGAUGGUUUCGUUCAGGGCAACAAGUUGAAAAUCAAGAAGCUUUAUGCUGCUAUUAGGCCUCAAGUGCCUAAAGUUCCUUGGAAGAGAGUUACUUGUCAUAACUUAGCAACUCCCAAGAGUGUUUUCAUCUUGUGGAUAGCUUUAUGGAAUAGGCUUGUCAUUAAGGAUAGGUUGCUUCAAUGGCACAUCUCUUGUGAUCCAAAAUGUUUCCUUUGUUUGAAUGGCAAUGAAAGUGUUCAGCAUCUAUUUUUUGAUUGUGAUUUCUCUAGGAAGGUUUGGAGUAAGGUUUUGGGGAUCUUGCGUGUUUCCAAGCCUGUUCAGCAGUUUAGUGAUGAGAUUGAUUGGAUGAAGAAAAUCUGCAGAAGUUCCAGAUUAAAGAAUAAAGUGAUCCAGGUGGCCUUCACUGAAACAGUUUAUGGUAUUUGGAUUCAAAGGAAUGCAGUUCUCUUUACUGAAUGCUGCAAAUCAAUUGAUGCACUUGUUCGGGAUAUUGUCUUUCACUCAUGUGCUGCUGUUGUCUAG